AUGGAUUUCAAGAACAUGCAGUCGCCCUCGUUCGACCUCGCGAGUGGCCGUGGGGGUGACAUGAUCCCUCUGCAACCAAUGUCUGCCAUAUCCGCUGUGCGCGACGCCGAAACUUCAGUCGUCGAGAUCUGCGCAGGCCAACCUCUCUACAACGCCGAGAUCUACGGCAGCCUUCGAACUGGUGGCGCGGUCAAGUUCUUCUCCAAAUACUGCCUCGGACUCGUAGCUGCAACGUUCUCGUCGACAUUUACGGUCGAGUGCCUCAACAGCGCGGUCCAACCUCUACUCAAGCAGCAUUUCGGCCUCAACCCGGCUCAACUGGCUGCUUCUCAGCGUCUCACGUCGAUGCCCUUGGUGCUGAGUUUCCUGUUCGGAUUAUUGACCGACUGCUACCCGAUCAUGGGGCUGCGACGCAAGGCGUACACGCUCCUCGGUUUAGCUACAACCGUCGUGAGCAUUUGGGUUCUAGCUGGGUUUAACGCCUACAUGAACACACUAGCACAAGGGGCUGCUGGUACUGGGCUCGCCUUCAUCGUGAUCUCGUUCGCGUCGCUUGCUAUCCUCGGGAACAUCGUGUCGUACGUGAGCAUCCACACGCGCGUGAUCGAGCUGGCUCAGCGAGAGCCUUUGGGGCUUCGCGGAUCAAUCCUGGCGACAUAUUUGAUCUUCCGGUGCGCGGUGUACAUUGUCACGGACGCGUGCGUCUUCGCGGUGCAAAGCUCGGGGGCAACGGCCACGACAGCUUUCGUGGUAUAUGGCUUCAUCAUCGCCCUGCCGCUUCCUAUCAUCUACAAGUUUUGGGAGGAGAAGUACUACUCGCUGUCGACGACCGUGAAGACGCGAGGGCAGAUCCUGUGGAAGAUCAUGCAGCAGAAGGCCGUGUGGAGCGUGCUGGUGUUCCUGUGCUUCUUCACGCUCUUCAACCAGAUCACGUUCAGCGGUCCGGCCAUGGUCAUCACCACGUGGGCCGGAGCGAAAGAAGACAGUAUUUUCUUGCAGCAGCUCAAUUACUACGGCGCGACAAUAGUGACGAUGCUGGUGUGGCGCUAUUACUUCAUGAACCGCCCGUGGCGCAGCUUCUUCGCCGCUUGCCCGGGAUUUCUCAUCGUUCCUCAGCUGAUCGUGGCAAUUCUCGUAAGCCAAGAUAUUCUCCGAGACCGGAUAUUCUAUCGAAUCAUGACGCUCUUCGGAAGUGUUGCGGCCGCUAUCGGCUGGCUCGGUAGCGUUGUUCCGUUGACGGAGAUCAUCCAGGAAGGCUCGGAAGGUGCCAUGGUCGGUCUCACGCUGUCGCUCUACUUCCUGGUCGGCAUCUUCGUGCAAACCAACUCGGUCGGUCUGUUUAGCGGAACCAACUUCUACGACGUCGCCGCUGUCGCAGCCGAUACUCCUGAGGCGCGUGGGGACGUUCUCAAGGCGCUCAUGCUCAACUACGGCAUCAACGCGUUGGCGUUCUUCGGCCUCAUCUUUUUACCGCGUCAGAAGCUUGACACGCAGCAGCUCCGCAGCUACGGCGGGUACACCAAGUGCGCCAGCGCUGCCAUCGUCACCUUCUCUGCGAUCCUGUUCUUGUACUCGAUUGCGGUUUCCAUCAUGACGUUCAUCCCGGGGACUGCUUGCAUUCGUAUCACCGGUGGCUCUGGCUGCUAA